AAAAAAAUGUAAGAAAGGUGAAAAAAACAAAAAAGAAACCGGUUAAUACCGAAUGAAGAAGUUUCAAUUUCCGAAGAAGUCAUCAUCGGCCCCAAAAACUAGAGCCCAAAUUCCUGAUAACCGGAAAGUCACCGACAAUUGACAAACUCUCUCGCGAUCUCACUCAGAUUGCAGAUAAUCGGAGAGAGAAAAAGAUGAAGAAAGAAGAAACAGUGAAACUCAUCAGCGCUGAAGGGAUCGAAUUUGUUAUUGACAAGGAAGCUGCCAUGGUUUCUCAAACUAUCCGUAACAUGCUUACUUCUCCAGGUGGUUUUGCGGAGACGGAGCAUGGUGAGGUGACUUUUCCGGAGAUAAGUGCUGUGAUUCUUGAGAAGAUCUGUCAGUAUUUUUAUUGGUCUCUUCAAUAUUCCAGGGGUAAAGAUACCGAGUUCCACAUUGAACCUGAACUGACUCUGGAGCUGAUGAUGGCUGCUAAUUAUCUCCAUACUUAGCCAAUUACUUUCUUUGCUUAUUAGAAUUACUCCGGGGUGGUAUUCUUGCCCAAGAGGAGUAUCUGUGUCAUGUAUUUUAGCUCUCUGCUGCGCUGCAUAGUGGUGUAUUUACAAUAAUCUUAUGUGAUUGUUUUGACUUAGAACAUAGACUUGUCUAGGCAAAUGAAUGCAGUUAUUGCAAGAUGUAUCA